AUGGUGAGCCAUACUCCGCGCACACCGUUCCCGGAUGCCCCGCCGUCGCCACCUUGCCCGGCCGAGGCGUGCAGCAUCCCGCUCCCGCCCUCACCCACGUUUCCGCCAGUCUCUGCGCGCGGUUCUCCGCCAGUCUCCCCGCCGAGCGCUCAGACGGCCAGAGAAAGCGGGGUCAGCGGGACGAGUGAGUGGGACGGCGCGACGCUCGUAUCCUCCGUGUCCUCCGUUUCCUCCGAACUCCGCUCGUCCCGCUCGUCGCUCUCCGAGUCGCUCUCAGACUCACGCCCGGCUGCUUCUGCUGUUAUCUCCGGUCGGGCUGCUCCGUCCGUGAUCGAGCCCGAUCUGCCGACUCUGUCGGGGUCAGCCCCGCUGCCAGACCUGCCCCCUCGCUCGUCCUCUCUGCCGGACACUCAGCCUGCUCAGCCUGCUCAGCCUGCUCAGCCUGGUCUCCCACCACGUUCAAGCAGUCUCCCCGCCCUCCCCCCUCCUGCACCAAUGUCCAAAUUCGGCUCAACUUCAGUAGUCACAGUCACAACUCCUCUGCAAGCCAUAGUCGAGGGGAGGGAGAUCGCGUCUCCAUCAGCUUCGACCGGUCUCGAUCCGAGUCUCGCGUCAUAUGCGCUGGGCCCGUUGCAGGUUAUUGAGGAAAGGAGCGAGCCGAAUACGGCCGAUACGUCGCAGGACACGAUCGACUUGCCCCUCAGCACUAUCGUCGAGAGGGCCGGAGGGGAGAUGGAAGCAGCGGGGGCUGAGGGAGCAGAGCAGCAAGAAGAGGAGGAGGAACACGAGGCACACGAGGAACACGAGGCAGACGUCACAGGCGCCACGUUCGGGGACACGACGCUGGACUCGGUGUACUCGCAGGAGUCUCGGGCCAGUUCUCUUUAUCGCCGGAGCGAGGUGUUGCUCCGAGGUGUCUUGGGACGUGGGGACGGGCUGAGGCCCCCGACUUCUCCCGCUCCUGCUGCUGCUCCGGAUACUGUGACUCCCACUCCUGCUGGGGAGGUUGAGCUCGUCGAGCCGGAGCCGGCUAGCGGGGUCGAGACUGCUCUGACUAGGAGUGGGGCGGCAGUGGGGGAGAGGGGGAGGGAGGAGGUUGAGCAGACUGGGAAGGGGGAGGGCAAGGGAGAGCUCCAGGGAGAGAAGAAGGGAGAGGCUGGGAGGAGUAAGGCGCAGGCAGCUGAGGCUGGUGAACAACAGCGCGACCCCGAGGCAACGACUGCAAGCCUGUACGCAGACGACGAGCUCUUCAAGCCCGUCAACCCUGUCAGCCUGGAAGAGGUCCGGCUCGAGGCGGGUGGGCCUCGCCGUGCUCCCUCCGACGACUCUGCACUCCAGUGCUGCGCGGACGACGCCGACGCCGACAGCGUCCUGGCCGAGAGUGUGCUAGACGCCGCCGAAGUGGGCAGUAUCAUUGCCGCUGACUUCAACGAAGCCGAUACACCUCAUACCGAGGCAGUGGCCACAGCGGAGAAAGACGACAAGGGGGACAACGGGGACAGCGGCGCCGAAGCCGACACGGAGGCCGAUCCCGCCCAAGUCACUGUGCGCGGAUCACCUACGUCGAAGCGCGCCUCCCCGAAGCACACUGCCACGCCGCCCGCCACGCCCCGGCCGAAACGCUCUCACGUCGUGCAUCAUCGCUCUCCGUACGCUCUGAGGUCGAGGCGUUCUCUACCCGACCAGUCCACGCACAGGCCGACACAGAGCUCGACACAGGCUGCCUUUCGAAACCUGGCUCACGGUCUCGAGCUGUUAUCUCAGGAGAUGAAAGCCGCCGGAAAGGCCAGUGAAGCCAGGAGGAGACGCAUUGCUUCCGCCCCUGUUCCCGGGUCAGAGGCGGAUGGGGAGAUGACUGACUCGGAGGGGGAUGCGGAGAUGGACGUGGAUCUGAGAUAG